AUGUUUGGGCAAAUUUGGGGUGCAUUGGACCCGGCUAUAUGUGCAGCUGGUUUUCGUAAAUCAGGGAUUUAUCCCCUUAAUAAAAAUGCCAUCUCAGAAGAUAAGUUCAAUCAAGUUCUUUUGCGAGAAUGGAAACAUAAUUCAACGUGUGAUGCUACAAAUAUUAUUGAAGACCCAAUUAAGCAAGUACUGAAUGAUGUGCCGCUGUAUACUGAGCAGCCCAAAUACAGCCCGGAGUCGUUGCUAGCUCUCUCUCUAAAAAGCAUCGACUUGACUCUAUAUAUUCCUACAUUUUCGGAUUUCCCACAGAAUUCGACAGAAGAAUAUAGUGGUAACUCUUUGAACCAGCUCAGUUACGAAUCAACGAGCUCAGUAAACAUCAGGAAGCCCAAGAUUCAAAUUCUAGAAAACAGAGUUGUCAGAAAAAAACAAAAACAUUCGUCUUCGAUUGAAACUGACACAGAAAUUAUAUACGACGAAGAUAGCGACGAUUACGAUUUUUGGGAAAAAAUACUGCAUGGUAGUAGUGAUGAUGACAAAGCAGAAGAUAUAGAACUCGAUGAUGGCAAGGAAAACGAUGUUAAUUCAGUGGGUAAAAAUGAUUGGGUGCUGGUUAAAUUUUGCACAAAAAAGUCGCUCAAACAUUACGUAGGAGCAGUUGUAAAUAUAAAUGAUAACGAUUCUCCUGUAAUAAAAUAUACAAGAAGGAAAUCAAAAGCAGAAACAUCAACUGUUUUUGCUUUUCCUGUAGUGCACGACAUCUCGGAACUUAAACACGCAGAGGACAUUAUUACAAAAUUGCCCACACCUGCAAUUGGUUGA